GCUCCUUCCCUCUCAUCUAAGUGACACGGCUGCUGCGGUCUGUUUUUUCCAUUUGUUUCAACCCGCACCGCCUAUAUCCUCAUCCACACCUUCCAAGGCGCGAGACAGCUGGUCCUCUCGUGCCAUCCCUUCUUUGUUUCCUCGAUCGUCAUCUCCACAGGUUUAUCCUGUCCUGUCAGCCGGCUGCUCCACGCACCUCACUCUCCUUCCUGGUGAAGCCGUCACUCAACCUGGUGUUGUGACAUUUCUCGCCCCAGCCAGAGCAGCAGCGGCAGCAAGAACCACACGCUCCUUCACGAUCAAAACUUGACACCGCGAAACAAUGGCUGGCCUAUUCGACGGUUUACUGCCCGGCCUUGGCCUCGGCGGUGGCAACAACAACAAUAACGACAACAACGCACCUGUCACCGCUCCGGCCAAGGGUGAGGACAACGACAACAACAACUCUGGUGGUGGACUCUUGGAUGACCUCCUUGGACCCAUCGGCGGCGGCGGCGACAACGAGAGCAGUAACACUCCCAAGCCCACAACAACAGCUGGUGUAGGCGCACCUCCUCCGCCCUUGACGCAGACUCGGCCGACCACGAACACGAACACCGCUACCUCAGCGACAACCCGGCCUACAACCGUACAGACAAGCGCGCAACCAACGACUCCCACAAGCAAGCCUACCACAGCAACGACUCCUACUGUCGUGUCAAAACCACCCACGACGAUGCUGACGAUCCCUUCGCCCACGACAACAGCGCAAGAGACUACGGCGACGGAUCUCACGACGCCUGCGCCUGAGGUUUCUUCCACCAGCGAGCCGGCAUCCCAGACCACGGCCUCACUGCCGGCCUCUGGGACUGCCGCCCCCGUCACGAAUGGCAGCCAAGACACCGUCGCUGGCCUGCCAAAGAUGACGGUCAUCGGCAUUGCUGCCGGUGUGGGCGGUCUCAUCUUCCUCCUCAUCAUUGUCUUCAUGGUCCGCAGGACACUGCGCAGCCGCCGUGAGGGCAACAGACAGGUCCUCGAGCGGCUUGACUUGACCAUCGGCACAAGCGAGGGCGCUGUUGCCGGCGGCAAGCCCGCCAUGUCACGAAGCAUGGAGGAUCUCAACCGCAGCUGGAACGCUGGUCUUGAGCAGUACCACCAGCCGCCCAGGUCACAAGUGGACGCCAAGGGUCUAGGAUACUCGAUGUAGGCGGUUGUGACGGGUUGUCUCGAAGACAAGCAUGAAAGUCGUUGAUGACGCUUGCCGUAUAUCGUUUGGGAUGUCAGGAUAUCUGGAACGGGGUCAUGUACCAAC